AUGACAACCACACUCCCGUCCCCCGAGGUACGGGCCGCCAUCACCGAGAAGCUCUCCGACCUCAUCGCGGCCCUCGAGGCCCACCCAGCCUGGAUCCCGCCGAACCCCCACAGGGGUCUCUUCCACGUCUGGGACUUUGUCAACCGCUCCCGUUACAUCAUGACCGAGCUCGAUCACAUCCGUGACGGUGAGCCCGUGCAGCACCCAGAGCAGAUCCCGCAGCAGAAAUCAGGUUAG